GCCACAGACGUGUGUUGUGAACCGACGCCAUUGCUCGUGAAAAACGCGGGAAAACUUGACGUUUCGAGCUACGUUCGAAAAUCGGAGACAUGUUUGUUUUGAAGACAUUAACCUUCUGCGCAGCCUGGCUGCUAGUCGCCAGCCAGCAGGGUCCCACCACGACCCCAGUCCCGAUCCUCAAGCAGAUCAACAGACAGAACGACGACGGCUCCUACAGCUACGGCUAUGAAGCUGCCGACGGCUCCUUCAAGAUCGAAACCAAGUAUCCCAGCGGAGACGUCGCUGGGAAGUACGGAUAUGUCGACGAGAGCGGCAAGCUGAGGGAGAUAUCUUAUGGUGCUAGCAGCCAGAGGGGCUUCGAACCUCAAGGAUCUGGCAUCAUGGUGCCUCCACCAACUCUGAACGACCACCCGACUAACGCGCUUACUGACGGCCAAGAAGACGACGGCCAGUACCGUGAAGACCCAAGGAUCUACGAAGACCCCAAAUACAACGGAAAAUCCCAGAGCAGACCAGCUCCUCUCAGGCAGUUCCACCAGUCCUCAAUCCGCGCUCAGCCUGAACCUCAACCUCAACCUCAAUACCAGCAGUACUCUCAACCCCAAACCCUCUCCCAGCCUCAACCCAUUAGAACCUCUCCCGUCUACUCCCAACAGACCAGCCUCUUCAACCAAUCCCCACAGCAGUUCCCUCAGGAAUUCCGCGGUCAAAGCCAGAUCUACCACCAGCAACCUCAAUUCUCUUAUAAUUCUUACACCCCACAGCCGGCUGGCUACAACCAGUACCAGCCCCAGACCUACCAGCCUCAGACGUACCAGCAACAAAAUUACCAGCCCCAAAACUACCAGAACCAGAACUACAACCCAUUCUCGGGACACCCAGCACAGAACUUUGACCCCAACACCGGUUCUUACACCAUCAACUUCACUGGUUAGGUACUUUGUUGUAGGGAAGUAAACGUUAAAAGGCUAACAUCACAUUACUAGGCUAAAACUGUCUACUGAAAGAAGAUUAGCUUGAUUUAGGCACGGUAAUGUGACAUUAGCUUAAAUAAGGACCGUAAUUGUACGUUUAUUAUAAUAUUUUGUUAUUCCCAAAGCGAUACGAACGAUUUUUUACGAUUUUUAUGUAAAUAAUAAUUUUAGUGCUAGUCAAUAUGUU